UGGUUGGUGUGACUUCGACAGCACUUCGAUGGUGAUGUAAAGGAACUCUCUCUGGAUUUUACAAUUACAGAGGAAUCUUUUGGUAAAAAUCGUGUUAUUGAACUCAGACCAGGUGGCAGGGAUAUCUGCGUGACAAAUGAGAACAAGAUGCAGUAUAUUCAUGCAAUUGCAGAUUAUAAACUUAAUCGGCAGAUAUUGGCAUUUGCAAAUGCUUUCUACAGAGGGUUAACUGAUCUUAUAUCACCAUCGUGGCUUAAGUUAUUUAACGCAACUGAAUUUAAUCAGUUGCUUUCUGGUGGAUACCAUGAUAUUGAUGUCGACGAUUUGAGAAGUAAUACACGCUAUACUGGUGGUUAUUCUGAGGGAAGCCGGACAGUAAAACUUUUCUGGGAGGUAAUGAAAGGAUUUGAGCCAAAGGAGCGGUGCAUGCUUCUUAAGUUCGUGACAAGUUGUUCUCGAGCUCCUUUACUGGGGUUGCUUGUGAUGUACCUGUCUGGGCAACAAUUGGAGGUCAGGAUGUGGAGAGACUUCCAUCUGCUUCCACAUGCUACAAUACCUUGAAGCUUCCCACAUACAAGCGUGCAAGCACGAUGAGAUCAAAGCUUCUUUACGCGAUUAGUUCCAACACAGGGUUCGAACUUUCUUAGCAGCUUUCUAUCCACACUGCUGCUUCUGGGUUAAACAAUCAUUAUUAGUCCCCUUACAUGUAAGGGAAGAAAGCACGGAGGAUUUUAUAUUUGGAAGAAGCAUCAAGCAACUGUUGCCACUAAAAGCCAUUAACACUUGAAGUAUAUUGGAAAUUCGGAUCCACAUACAAUUUAAUGCAGACAAAAUCUUUUUAACUAAAGUCAUCAGAGUUCCUUAUAUAUGCCCCGAUAUCCUCAUUUUCAAGAGGAAAAGGCUACUAUAAAUUAUCGUAGCUGCAAUACCGAUGCUUUCGACACUCAAGAAAUAAGAGAGAAUCCUUGAGAAAGGAGGUCUCCUGCCAGGGCCAUGUUAGCAGCUUCAGAGGGAUGGAAUCCAUCCCAAAAAACAUAACCAGUAGCAUUUGUGCAAGUUCCAAUGGACCUUGCAUUGCAAAGCAAGGAUGUUUCCACAGUACCCGUUCCACAGCAAGCCUUCCUAGAUUCAAAGAACCCUGUAACAAGAGACCAAUUCAACAAUGAAAAGUAGGUUCGGCCUUCACUGUCAGUUGGCCUGGCAUUGCAAUGCAUCUCAUGUUCUCAUGCAGUGGGUACAGAGACUGAUGAUGAGACAAUAACAUUAAUGUGAUGGAAAAUAUACAUUCUCUAUGCUUUAUCACGAGGUCACAUACUUUA